AUGAUGCUUUCAACACCUCGGUAUAUGCUGUGUCUAGUCUUGUCCGUUGCGCACUGUCUUGAGGCAUUGCAUACCCCUUCCAUCCACACGGAUGCGCACGUUCUCAAUGGCGGAUUUGAUCACAUCAUGUUGUUUGCGAUGGCCAAAGUUGGUUCAGAAACCAUGAAGGCGAGUCUCAAUGCUACGUACGUGCCCGGUACUCUUACAUCGUACCCUCCGAUCGUUAAAGUGCACUAUGCAAAGGUUGCUAAGGAUUACAUGCAGAAGCUGCCGCCUGGUAGCAAUACGUUGGUUAUAUCCAUUGUGCGCGACCCAUUUGACCAGCAGAAGUCUUUGUUUUUUCGACUCCUGGAGGAUGGAUUCUACCCAGGCCUGAAGUUGGGUCAAGCGAGUGUUGCGCAGCUGGUUGAAGAAUUCCCCAAACGUAUAGGCCCGUCCGCAUUCAGCGACCACUGGAGGACUCUGGCGGAACUCACAGGUGUAGAUGUGAUGGAGCAGCAGUUCGAUUUCGACGGGCACCAACUCCUUGCACAUAAUGAUGCGACAAACGUAUCGGUUCUCGUGUUCUCUGUGUCCCUCAAUAGUUCUGGGUCCCCGGACUACGGGUACCCCCCGGACUACAGGUACCCUCCCCCGGACUACAGUUUCAAUGUUUCUGCUAGUUCUCUCUUGUCUCCAUCUCGCGACAGUGCGCCUCCGCUGCCUCUUCAUCAUCGCCACUUGCUGUACAACGUGUUCGCGCACAGCUUUUCUGCACAAGCUGUCCGGGCAGAACGGUUGGUUCCCGCCAGUAGCAGCACUGCAGACAUGCUUUGCUGCACGCUGUGUCUCGAUGCUGCGCCGCGCGUAGGUCUGCAGAAAAGCGAGGCGGCAGUGGGAUGCACCCGCAUAUAG